AUGGGCGAGGUCGGUGCAAAUGCCACCGAAACGACUGCACCGGCGGACAGCAGCAGUGGUGAACCGAAGGAGAACGGUGAGGUGAAUGGUACGGAAUCGGUGGGAGAAACCACCACGACGACGACGACGGCUGCGGCAUUGAAACGCGUGUCCUCCGAUGGCACCCGCAAGGACGAAGUAACAGCAGACAGUCCGAUGGAGGCGAGUGCCGCCGACAAUGAUGCAACAGAAGUGAAUGAUGAAGGUGCAUCCGACACCGAGCAGCAGGAGCAAAUGGAGGAAACCACGAGACAGGAUACGUCCACGGACAUGUCAUCGGUUGCGGAGAGCGCGGAAGCAGCACAACCCCAGGACGUCACAGUAAUUGAGGAGGAGGACGAGGAGGAGAACGGCAAAGGCGAGGAGAAGGAGGAGGAGGAUUCCAAAAGAGAGAGCACCGUCGCGCCAUCUAGCGGUGAAAAAUCACCCGCAGAUGACGCCGAUGCAGGAACAAUCGAUGAUGAAGAUCCAACCGGAGACAGCAACGAUCCAAGCAACCGUGGUGGUGUGAAUGAUGAGCGCCACACAUCCUCGCACCGGUCAGAGCAGUCGAAGCAGACGAAGGGAACUACGAAGCGUGAUCCUGCACCAGAGAUAAUGGAUGUGGACGACGACGAGGUGGUGGAUAUCGUUCCGGCGCAUAAAGGAUCACAGAAUGGGGCAGCGGACGGUGGUGCCACGCUUGGUAGCAAGGAUACCACCGCCUCCAAACGGCCAGUUACCAGCGACGAGCUGACGGAAGUCGAGGACGAGGAGCUUAUGGAAGAAGACGACGGUGAUGAUGGUGAGGGAACGGCUGUGGCAACGAAUGGCCACAAGGAAGCGCGCGCACUGGCCGAAGAUGAAGCGGACGAUGACGAACCAGUGCAGCUGGCCAGUGAUAAAACGAUCAUCACCGCUAAGAGCAGUGAGGCUGCGGAAUCGGAACAGGAACCAAUGGAGGAGGACAAUGAGGAUGAAGACGAUGACGACAAACCCGUCAGUAUUAAUUCCGAUUCCGAGAGCGAUCGAGACCAGCGCGAGCAGCACCGGCUACCGAAUCAGGGCGCCGAUAAUGGCAAGGACGAACAGGCUCUUGUACCCGCGGAAGUUGCCGCUGGGAAACGCGAGAAAUCGGCCAACACCACCAUGGUCGACGGUGGUGCAACAGGAGCAACACCUGGGUCGGCGGUGGUGGAAGCGAGUAAAGAGAAGAAUCCUGGUGCGGCGACGGUGCCUAGCAAUGGAGUGAACAGCGUUACCGCUAGCAACCAGAACGGUGACUGUGAUGGAGACUUGACGAUCUUGAGCGAUAAGGAGGACGAUUGCGUGCUGAUCGAAGAUGACGAUGAUGAAGAGGAGGAUUCCGAUUCGUCGGUGCCGUCUGCCACGCCAAAUACCAGCAUUGACACGACGCCGAACAGCGGUUCACGGCGGAGUGCCGUGAGGUCCCGCCGAUCGGGAGCAGUUGUUCCGCCGAUGUCGCUUAUGGUGGGAGGCCUAAAUCCGCUUUCGGUCGCUGCCGCCAUGCAGCAGCACCAUCAGGCACUCCAGCAGCGUUCCUUGUCGUCUGUGGAUGAUGAUGAUGAUAUCGAGGAAAUUAUUGACGAUCCGCUGACCGCGAAUGCGAUGGGAAACCUCGGGUUGGCUGGUGCGGCGGCUCUCGGUCGUGGUGCCAUCGGUCCCAUCGGGUACCAGGGAAAUGCAGGCAAUUAUAAAGGUCAGGGACAGAAGUCGUUGUUGGUGAAUAACGCCGCGCAAUCGCCCGGCGGAAAGGAACCAACGCUGGUGAUAAUUGAUACCAAUACGCUGAUGAACAACAGUGGCAAUGGACGUGCGUCGACGGGGAACCUCGUUGGGGUGCAGUCACCGGGUGUGAAUAGCGGUGCUACGUCCUUGCUAGCGAAAGCCGGCAAUGCUGGCAUCCUGCCGAACGUCAACAGUCCUGUCGGGCAGUUCAAUUCGCGUAGUUUGUUGAGUUCUCCUGGCGUGGGCAAUGUGGCUACCGUCGGUGGUGGCAUGAUGAAUGCCGGUGGGAUGCUGGGAAAAGCGAACGUGUCUCCACUGACACCGGUGACGCCGCUGUUGCCCGCGCUAACGGACGAUAUGUUCGUGCUUGAAGCGCCCUCGUUUAUUGUGCCGUACAUUUACGAGAAACCUCCGGUGGACAAUCUGCGUGACAUCGUGGACGAGCUCGAGAUACAGAUCAAAGAAAUGCGCAAAAAGCUGGAAGAGUCCGGUGCGAUACUAACCGCGGACAAACAAAGCACCGGGCAGGGUGAUGUGGGUGGGGCGACGGAAUCGGGCAAGGAGGAGGAAAAAAAGGACACGAACCAAGCCGCGGACAGUGCGGAAACCGAGGCGGACAAGAGCAAAUACAGCAAGAAGCGAAAGCGCAACACCGACGAGGACGAAGAGUGGGACGAGCUGGACACGUCCACCGACGACGAGGCGUCGGAUGAGGAGCAAAAGACGAAAGUCCUUAUAAAGGAAGCGAAAGCGGAUAUUGAGGCGAUCAAGGAGCAUAUCAUCUCGCCAUCGGACAAGGACGAUCUCACUGGGUGCGGUAGCGCGAACGAUCCGAAAAAGUCGGAAAACUACUUCGAAAACCCCCUCGGCAAGUUCUUCAUGAACAUCGGCAUCAACCUGGUGCAGGAGUUCGUGCAGUCGGACCUGCUGCGGCAGCAGAAGCGCAAGCGCGACCGGGAAAGCAAACCCUCGCCGAGCACGCAGCUGGCCAUCAACUCGCUGAUGAAGAAUCUCGAACAGAGCAAGGAGAACAACAAACCGUACAAGUUCGAGAUGAAGCGCUGCGAGUACUGCCCGUUCAAGUCGGAAUCGGCGCUCGUGAUGGCGCACCAUUACGAGACACCGCACAUGCGCAACUUCAUCUACAAAUGCAACUUCUGCGCGUACGAGACGCGACCACCGCACGACAUCCUGUACCACAUGGAGGCCGUGCACAACAUCAAGGGCCGCAUGGAGAAGGCCCUGUCGUACCAUCACUGCCCGAACUGUCCCUUCGAGGAUAACGGAAAGUCCAAGCUGGCGCGGCAUGCCGUUGCCUGCGCGAAGAAGUUCCGACCCGAGCUCAAUCUGAACCCGCCCAUCGACUGGGAACCGCCGGCGAAGAUUCCGCGCAUCAAACCGAAGCACGGUCUCGUCGGAACGGCCACGGCCUAUCAGGCCAUGACCGCUCAGCAGCAGAAGAACCUUGCCCUUGCGAAUCAGCAGCGCCUCAACCAGCAGCAAGUCGUGACGACGCCUGUCCACAUGCCCCAGCAGCACCUGGCGCACGGCCAGCUCCAGCAGCAGCAAGUAGGCAUGGGCGUGGGCGUUGGUCAGCAGCAUUUGGGGCUGGUGGGAAGCAACGCGGCUGCAGCGGCCGCGACGCUAAACAACCUCAACCUGGCGAAUCUGUCACCGGCCGCGCAGGCCGUAGCGAUCCGAGCCCGUGCUGCCGCCGCCGCCGGUGCCGGUGCUACCGGUGUCGUUGGUGGCCGUGCUCCGGCCAUUAUUCCUUCGCCCACGGGCAUCACGGCGGCGACUGGUGCCGGCAUGCGAACGGGCACCGGUGCCGGCAUGGGUGGUGGUGUUGGAGGUGCCGUGAAUGCGUCCGCGCUUGCCUCGGCCGCCGCGAUCCGGAACACGCUGGCCGGAGCCGGAAUGGUAAUGCCCAAUAACCUUCAGCUUUCGGCAACGGCACUAGCCGCUGCUGCUGCGGGAGGAUUUAGUAAAUUUAUGCCGAAAUCCAUCAACGCCGGACGAUCUCUUCUAACCAAUUCCAAUGCCUCAAUUACAAUUCAGAACGCGAGCAGUAUGAAAGCGACCAAAACGGCCCAGCCACCAAGUAUUUCGAUCACACCCCUACCCCGUCAAUCGUCAUCGAACAACAGCAACGCGGUGGCGAACAUGACGAACAUUGCCGGUGCCCUGUCGAAGCUGCAGGCGCAGGGCACUUCCGCCGUGAAACCGGGCCAAAACCCAAGCGGUGGCAAGACGGCAUUCGUGGUGUGCGAGAUCUGCGACGGUUACAUCAAGGAUCUGGACCAGCUGCGCAAUCACAUGCAGUGGAUACAUAAAGUUAAGAUUCACCCGAAGAUGAUCUACAAUCGACCGCCACUCAAUUGCCAAAAGUGUCAGUACCGAUUCUUCACCGAUCAGGGCCUGGAGAGGCAUCUUCUCGGUUCGCACGGUUUGGUGACGAGCUCGAUGCAGGAAGCCGCCAAUAAGGGCAAGGACGCGGGUCGCUGUCCCGUGUGUGGACGGGUGUACCAAUGGAAGCUGCUCAAUCACGUUUCCCGUGAUCACAAUAUGACGCUGAAACCUGCCCACCUCUCGUACAAAUGCACCGUUUGCACGGCCACGUUCGGCAUGUACAAGCAGUUCGAAAGUCACGUUUACUCCGCGCACAGUACCGUCGCCAAGAAGACGGCCGAUGGGAAGGGCAGCGGCAAAGGCAACGGUGGUGGUGGUGGUGGUGGCGGUGGUAAUAGUAGUGGACAGCAGCAAGGCUCGGGUAUGGGUGGUGGCGGUGGGACAUCUUCGUCCGGGGCCAACCUGAGGAGUUCUUUCGGUGGCGCAAACGAUUCGUUGCUGAAGCCGCUAAAAAUCAACGACGAGAUCACGAUCAUCCCGCAGCCGACAUCCAACAGCAGCAAGAUGGCGAAGGCGAUCGAACUGGAAAGUCACGUCAUAGAUUAAACCCGUCGAGCCGCGUGGGUCAGCAGACUAACUCUGAUAUAUUGUACGUAUCCGGAAACACGGAACACAGGAAAAAAAGGAGUGUGUGGUGCAGUCCGAGAUAGCAUAGCCGCUGUGUAUAUAGCCGCUGGUUCCACUUUACCCUCACUCUCUACUUCUCCAUCGCGGCAUAAUCCUUUGCUCUGGAGCGUAUCGGACGGCCGUGGCCGCGACACUUGUGACUCCACGACUGAGUGUGUGCGUGUGUAUGUUUGUCCUUGUGUGUGUGUGCGCGUGUGAGGAUCGCAGUCGCUCCCCCUGUCCGUGCGUGGCGCGGCGGUGGAGGGACGUAUACCAAUCACGCCCCCAGAUACGCGUGCUCGGUCGCGCGGCUUUAUUGUAUAAUAAAUAAAAGAAGUUUUUUUUCUUUUCCAUUACUUUCUUUGUAAUUUCAUUAGGUAACUUAAUAAACCAGGCGCAUACUUUGUAAAAUUGUUAGUAAGACAAACAAAACCCAUGUAACAAAAUCGAAAUUAAAUUGUGCAUAGAGUAACCAACCAAGUCUCCGUUCAUCGUUCUAAGUUUUGUCCUUCUCCCCCUCCCAGCCGGGUUCGGUUUCCGUCUCGUUUUCGAUGGUUCGUUCUGCUUGCUGCCAGUGUUGGCGACAAUUGGUUUUCUUUCUUCCGAUAAACUCCGUAAAACUAGCUUUUCCCGACCGCUAUCUAGAAGUGAUAGUUUAUAUUAGUGAACCCUGAUUUGUUACUUGUAAUUACUUUUGUUUGGCCACAACCAAGCGCAGGGAAAAAAGGAACGCGCAUGAGAAGGGAGAAUACUGUACAACGAGAACGUAAUAUUACUCAAGCAAGAAAUACGAAACUGGCAAUAGCAUAAUUAGUAUGGAGGUUAGGCUCGUUCCGGCUUAACCAAACAAACCUAGUCUCGAAUUUGUCGAGAACCAAUAGCGAUUCCGUUCUGCACAGGUUACCCGUAAUCUAGACAUCUCUACCGGCAAAAUGGCCAGGGAAUGCACUCCCCGACUAGCUAGUGCGGCAUGUAUGUACUACUACUGUAUAGAAACUAUCAUCCGACUCGAGUUUUAAAGCAUGGCAUGAAAAUGAGGCGUGUUUAAUGUUCUGAAGCAGGAAGGACCCUAGCGCGCAAGGAUGUAGGCGCAAAUUGGAACGAAAACUGGCUGCUGAUGACGCAUGCAAGCAGGUGACUUAAACGAUGGGGCUAAGGAGAAUUGAAAAGUGUAAAAAACGAGACAUUAUAAGCUUAGGAAAUUAAGGGAAAGCGUAAUAGUCGUUUCCAUACGUUGUGCGGUUUUUGGAAGAUUGAACGACCGUAAGAAACGGAAGGUGUAUUCAAUAUGGUGCAUAGAGAAAGGCAUCAUUUAAAAGUAACAUCAACCAUAUGAUACGUACGGAAAAGAUUCUUUAUAAUCCAAAUAAACAGAGCAGAUA